AACAAUAAUAAUGAAAAUGAAGAACUCUGUGAUGAUAUAAAAAAAAAACAAUAUGUAAAAGAUAAUGUAGAAAAUAAUAAAAAAAUCGAUGAACAACAAAAUUGUUGUGAAGAAUCUUAUAAUGAAGAUAAAACAAAAAAUAAUUGCAAUUGUAUUGAUAGGAUAUCCACACAAGAUAUAAUUACCAAAAAAGAAUUUAAUAAUGAUAACAUUAAAGAAGGAGAAAAUAGGAAUGUUCAGGAUUUAGAAAGUUUACAAAAUGAUGGUAACGGUGUUAUAGAAUUAGGAUGUGGACUUGGUCAAAUAAGUAAAUAUUUAUUUAGUAAAUAUAAAAAUAUGACAGGUAUAGAAAUUGAUAGUAGAGCUCUAUCUAUAAUUAGUCGAACCAUGCCUGGGUUUGAUUUUAUUCAUGAUGAUGUGUUACAAAUAAAUUAUAAAGAAUUAUCUUUAAAUAAGAAAACAAAACUAACUAUUAUUGGAAAUCUCCCAUUCUAUAUAACAUCACAAAUUUUGUUUUGUCUAUUGGAUUUUCAUAAAUACAUAGAACAAGCUAUUGUUACCAUACAAUAUGAAGUAGGUGAAAGAAUUGUAGCGAAACCUAAUCAAAAAAAUUAUUCCAUUCUAAGUAUUUUAUUUCAUUUAUAUACAAAUCCAUAUUUACUUUUUAAAAUACCAAGCAAAGCAUUUUAUCCAGUACCUAAAGUUCAAGCAGCUGUUAUGAAAAUAAUAUUCAAAAAUCACGAAUCCUAUUAUAAACAUAUUAAUUGUAAUUUAUUAUUUCUUAAAAAAAUACUCAAAUACUCAUUUCAACAAAGAAGAAAAAAAUUAAAAAGUAGUUUAAAAAAUCUAUUAAUACAAUAUAAUAUACCUAAAUUACCUGAACAAUUCAUACAUCUAAGACCACAACAAUUAUAUCCUCAUCAAUUUGUAGAACUCACAAAUCUGCUUUUUCCGCUUCAAAAUUAUCCUUUCAAUCCUAAUAUACACACAAAAGUUUGGAGAAAAAAAAAGCACGGCGAUUAA